UGUGUGCGUAUCAGUGCGUGGCCGAUCAAAACAACAACAACAACAACAACAAAUGGAUCAGUACCCUGAAGUGAUGUAGUUUCAGUUUGUCGGAGAAUGUGCGAAGAAAAUGGGCACGAGACUCAUUCUCGCCGCGUUCUUCAUACUGUUUGGGGUGUUAGUGGAUGGUGGUAGUAUUUGUGAGGUGGAGGGAUGCGGCUGCUCUAAGAUCGCGGCCAAUUGGCAGAAAGUCAACUGUACCUUCGGACCCAGCCAGGACGUCCAAAUAAAACGGGACAUGCUGCACGCCAACCUGAUGGAAGUGUACAUAAUAAACGGAAACUCGGUGCAGUUCCUGCAAGGCGCCUUCGGUUCCGUUCCCGCAUUAUCCCUGGUCAGCAUCUACGGCGUGAACCUGGUCCAAAUCGACACUAAAUCCUUCCAGAGCAUCAACUCUAGUCAGCUGCUGGUCGAAAUCAAAGACUGUGAUGAAGUUACCGUUAAGACUGGCGCAUUCGACAACAUGCAAGCACUGGUUGAUUUCGAGGUGUACAACUGCAACGCCGUGUCCAUCGGCAAGUCUGCCUUCAAUCGCUUGCUCUCCAGCAAGUUCGAAAACAUAGAGAACCUGGACUUCUCCGAGAACACGUUUGAGCUCCAGAAUCAGGGGUCUAUAGGGAAGCACGGUCCCGUCACCGACAUCACCAUCGAAAACGCGACAAUUAAUGAAAUACCAAAGGAGACGUUCUUUUCCUCGCUGAACGAAGUCAAAAUUCACAACUCACAAAUCCAGAGGAUACACAAGGAGGCGUUCAGGGCGACGACCAUCUCCUCCAUAAGAAUAAGCAACACGUCUAUUGGAACGGUGGAGGCGAGCGCCCUGUUGGGGCGGUCGUUGGUCACCAGUUUUCUGAUUGACAAGUGCACCAUCGAGAGGUUGGAACCCGGGGCGAUUAUGGCUGGAUUUAAUAAUUUCGCCGUACAACACUCGAGAAUUACGGUGAUAGGCAAAAACGCCGUGUCCAGCACAGUCGCCAACGUGGAGAUUGUAGGGAACGAAAUCGCCGACUUCCACGCCGAAGGAUUCAAGUUCGAGAAGUGGAACAAGAUCACGUUCAAGCAGAACAUCAUCAAAAACCUGGAGUCCAGCUUCAUCGACGUGUUGCCCAGCGAGAUUAACAAAAACUUCACCUUCAAGGCCAACGACUUGUACAACGUUGAGGAGAACGCCUUGAGCUUCAUGAGCAAGCUGGACGACACCAUUUUGUAUGUGGAUGACAAUUACUUCAACACCUCUUGUGAUUGUUCCAUGGAUGACUGGUUGAUGAAGGUCACCAACGGUAGCAACCAAAUAGACCGCAUAAAACAAACGAGCUUCUGCAAAGUCAGUGACUACAUGGCCAAGUGUCUAAUUUUAGAAGAGGGCUUGAUCAACAUCACCAACUUCACCAAACUCUCCUGCAACAAGACCAUAAAGUGUGAGCCGUACAAGGGGGAGGUGCGCCUAAUCAACACCACAAGCAAAAUCUUCUUCCCCGACGACUCCAAUCGCAAGACCUGGCUUAUAGUGAUCCUGACCGUCACCGGAGUACUGAUAGCCCUGAUCGUGUGCACGUUCGCCGUGAUGCUGGUACGUGGCGGUAGAUGGCUGAAGCGCAAAGGCUACUUCAGGAACAUCCACUACAACCCGAACGAAACGAGCCACGACGACGAGAACACCAUGGUCACCAUGGACUACAACGAAACCCUGGAAAUGCCGGAUGAACUAACCCUGGACUUCCUCCAGCAGUUGUCGCAGAAGCUGGACGACCCCAGCACCCACCAACAGGCCUCGGAGAUGAUCGAGCGUCUGUACGAGAUGUUCAUCGUGGACGACAACUACGACAACAACCGGCACGAGGACGCCCACCUGUACGAAGAACUGGCCAAUAUGCCCCCGCCUCCGUACCAGGAGGAGGACAAGCCGCAGAACAACAACACGAACGGCGCCAGGAGCAUACUCAACUUGUUGGAGGAGCGGCUCAACUUCGACAACAACGACGAGGACUCAUCAGCUAAGCCCUCCAUGACGUCCGAGUACUCAGAGCCGUCGGACGCAGCCGUUCACCUAUACUCGGAGCUGAAGCAGAACCAAAACACGGGCACGGUGAAGAAGUCCAACCUGGACUUGAGCAACAGGCCCCUGCCCAGCCAGCCCCAGGAGACUUUCAUGGAGGCAGGCCCGUCAAAAAGUAAUCACUAGAUCUCGUUGUUUUCCCCCCUUGUUGUAAAUAGUAAAGGUUUCAGUUUAUUAUUAUUAUUAUUAUUAUUAUUAUAGAAAAAAUGUAUCUAUUUAUGUUGUCUAGAUUUAAAAGAUUAUCUAUGCCGAACUCCUGUAAAUAUUCAUCAAAGAGAAUAUUCGCAUAUCAGACUUGUACAGAUUAUUUUAUAAGGUUUAUUUGUUAUUUUUUUGUUGUUUUACCACUACUUUGAUCCAUCCAAUUUAUAGUGUAAUGCCAUACGAUUUAUCAAUGCAAAUUUUUUGAUAAAGACACUUAAAGUACUCGGUACUUAUCCAUUCACACCAGACAGUUUUACACGCUGAAUUAACUGCAAAUUAACCUGUUAACUGUGAUAGUGUAAAUACGUGGCGGACGAGGUAGACACGAACUUUUUUUUAUUGAAUAUCUCUCGUUUCGUUUUAGUUUAGUCUAAAAGUAAUGUAAUAACUGUAUAUUUUGCAAUAAUUGUAUUUUAUAUUGAUCAAUAAAAGUACUUGUAGCAAA